AUGAUAGCUUUACAACACGAGUUCGAGGCGAAAUUUUGGGACAAGUACCACGCGUACGAGCCUUGUGACAUCCUCAAUGUCGACGAAACGGCUGUACACUACGAGAUGCCCCUUGGCAGAAUUUGGGCUGAGAAAGGACAGUCGUCGCGUGUGGACAAGAAGAAGAAACAUUCGGAGAAACGCUUCCAAUUCUUUUUAUUGUCUAUCGUACGCCAGGUGGCUUGA